AUGUGUAGAGGUCAGGGGCAAAAUAACGGAUUUAAAGUAAUUUUGAGGCAUAAAGGAUUGAACGACGAGCCCAAUUAUUCAUUUGAGCAAUAUUUUCAGGCUCCCAAGGACGAAUUUGCUAUAUGCAAUCUUAAAUUUUCCGAAUUUAAAGCCUACUACAGAGGAAAAAGAGUCAACAAUAACGAAACUUUGGAUUUGUCUCAAAUUACAAGUCUUGGUAUACAAAUGUAUGGUGGGGUCUAUCAACCAGUCAAGCAGAAGGGACCUGCAACUUUAGAAAUCGAUUGGAUAAAAGCUGUUUAA